AUGGCACCACCUGCGGCAUUUAUUGAGAUCCCGGACUCUUAUGAGAGCCUCGAUCUCACUCAUGUGAAAGUCUCUCACUAUCCUUUAGGAAGCCCGACAGCAACUCCGGUCGUGAUAGUUACUUUAAAUCGCCCAGAGAAAAAUAAUGCGUUCACGCCGCACAUGGCUGAUAGCCUCGAACUCGCGUUUCAAACUUUUCAUCUUGACCAACGGGUGAAGGCGAUUGUUUUGACUGGUGCUGGGAGGAUGUUCUGUGCUGGGUCAGAUCUGGGGAUUGGAUUUUCCAAUGAGGGGAGAGCUGUCGAUUUUCGUGAUAUUGGGGGUCGAGUGGCUUUGGCAAUGCAUCGGUGUCAUAAACCUACAAUUGUUGCUUUGAAUGGCUCUGCUGUGGGAGUAGGAAUGACCAUGACUUUACCAGCUGCAAUUCGUAUCUGCCAUGAAACAAGCAAAUACGGAUUCGUCUUUACUCGACGAGGUCUGACUAUUGAAUCCUGCGCCUCUUACUUCCUUCCUCGACUCAUCGGUCUGUCUCGAGCCAUGUCCCUGAUAUCGACCGGCGGUGUCUACCCCGGAAAUUCAAAGUACUUUGGUGACUUGUUCACUGAAACUCUGUCAAACGCGGCGCAGGUUCUCCCCCGGUCUCUGGAAUUAGCUCAAGAAAUGGCAGAGAAUGUCAGUCCCUUGGCAUUGUCAAUGAGUCAGGCGUUGAUGUGGGAAGGCCCUAGCUCGCCGGAGGCAGCGCAUCUCCUUGAGUCUCGGGUUUUUCACCAUAUGGCUGGUCAAAGUGACUAUACUGAAGGGGUCAGUUCUUUCCUCGAAAAGCGCAAGGCCAAUUUCCAGUGCGAUCCUCAUGAGCACAGCCCUCUGAGCUAUCCAUGGUGGUCUGAAGUAGAUAUUAACGUCGAGCCGAAAAAGUCCAAACUAUAA